GUAGGAAACGGCACAGGAUCGUACACGCAAACGCUGUCGAUGCUAUCGGGGAUCCUUAGCAGCUGAUACAAAGUAACAACAUUUUUACUACAGUUUGCGCUGGAGUUAGUUCGAGGGUGGGCAAUCCUGUAUACAGGUUCCAUCCCCCAGGGUCCCAUGGCCUCCCCAUGGCCUUGGUCCCAUCAUCCUGACCUUUAACCCCCACAUACUGUAACACAUGGAUGACCUGGAUGCUGUCCGAGGACUUUCUCCUCGACCCCCUCCUCCUGAGGAAUCUUUGUCUCUCUCCUCGUCCAGCACCGACAUCAUCAACUUAGAAGAUGGCCACUACAGUGCACUGCUAGCGGAGUUGGAGGCUGAUGCUCAGGACCUUGAGGGAGAGUCCUGGAGUGUCUCUGUGGACCAGCAGUACAUAAAGCGGCUACACAAAGAUGCUAUAAAGAGACAAGAUGUCAUCUAUGAGUUGAUCCAGACUGAGGUGCACCACAUGCGGACCUUAAAGCUGCUGCUGAGUGUGUACCAGUAUGAGCUGAGACGCAACCUACAGAUGGAGGAGACUAGGCUGGACAGGAUGUUCCCUCAGAUGGACAGCCUUCUGCACAUCCACCAACACUUCCUGUGGUGUCUUAGAGACUGCCGCGACAGACAGAAUCACUACACAGUCACACAGCUGGGAGCUAUACUCAUCAACCAGUUUUCAGGUGAGAUGGGAGAGAGGAUGAAGGAGAGCUAUGGAGACUGCUGCAGUCACCACACAGAUGCUGUCAGCUUCUACAAAGAACAGCUACAGAACAACAAGAAGUUCCAGAACUUGAUUACGAAAAUCGGUCGGUUGUCCAUCGUGCGGCAGUAUGGAGUCCCAGAAUGUAUUCUGUUAGUGACUCAGCGGCUCGCAAAGUACCCCUUUCUGGUCGAACGCAUUCUACAGAACACUGAUGCUGACAGUGAGGAGCACGAUGCCCUGGCCCAAGCUCUGGUUCUGAUCAGAGAGACCAUCUCUGCUGUGGACUCUCAGGUCCAUGACUAUGAGAGGGCCUCUUGGUUGAGAGACAUAGGCAGCAGUUUGGAACCUCAUUCCCGCGGCAGGCUGAAGGAUGGAAGGGUGUUCAAGAGAGAGGACCUGGCAGUGGGGUCCCGAAACCUGCUCCAUGAGGGAACUGUCAACUGUCAGGCAGCCAACAGAUGGCUGAAAGGGAGUCUAUGUAUGAAGGAUGCCCAGAUCAUGCAGAGCCUGACAGAGAAGCUGCGUAUGUUUGCUGACAUGGCGGAGGCUGUAACAGGGCUGGAAGAUGUAGCUCAUCACUCUCGUCUGCUGUUCCGCAGUGACGACUUAGACCCCCAGCAGGGGGAGACACUGCUCAAGGGGGCCAUCACUGAGUUGGAGAAUCUGCAGAACCUUCUCCUGUCCGGUGUGACUCUGAGAGACCCCUACCCCCCUACAGAGGACUUCCUGGGAUCACGGGGAUACAGUUUGAGACCCGAAGAUCUACGGCUCCUUCGAGGGGGGCUAGGCCUUGGGGGGCUGCGGAACCUAGCCGCACUCAGGAGAGCCGAAACCUUAGGGGGCUAUGUCUGCAAUCCCAUACCCCUUAUGAAGAAUGGUAAUAUACAGGCGGGAGAACGGCCAGGCAGUGUGGCGGUACAACCUCUAGACAGAGGUCAGCAUUCAAACUCUGACCCCCAGCUACAGGACCUUGACCAGUCAGAGAGUCUGGAAAUGUCGGCUGAUGAGGCACCAGCAUCAUACUGGACUUCUCCAUGCCCAAAUCCAUCCUUUCCUGAAGCUGAGUUCUUUGAUAGAGUGCUACUGCUCUCACAGAAACUCUACAGUCUGCUGGCCAUCGUGUCCCUGCAGGACAGCCACAUUGAGUUGCAGCGUGCCUCGCUGUCAGAGCGUGAGCAUCCGGGCCGUCCUCGUGGAAAUGUGCUCCUGGAGCAGGAGAAACAACGUAACAUGGAGAAACAGAGAGAGGAGAUGGCCAACUUCCACAAGCUGCAGACACAGCACAGACAAGAACAGGCUCGCUGGGAAGAGGAGCAGGCGUGCCACCAGUUGCAGGCGCAGGUCCUGGAGGCAGAGCUAAGACACAGAGAGGAGGAGUGUAGGAGACUGAAGGGGAAGCUAGCAGAGGAGAGGGGGGAGCUGGAGAGAUGGAGAGAAACCUACCAACAGGAUCUGGAGAGGCUGAGAGAGUCUACAAGGACUGUGGAGAAACAGAAGGAACGCCUGGAUUUACAGAUGAAGUUGAAGAAGAACAAGACCAUUGCCAAACCUGGGAGUUUUAACUUCAACACUCAGCAGGCUGUCCCCCACUCCCAGUCGUUUCGAGGGGACCUCCCCCACUCUGCUUCCUUCCGAGGGGACCUCUCCCAGUCGUUCCGAGGGGACCUGAUUGGUGGUUGGACCACGGGAGGUGACGUGACCCCCAUGCCAGCCUCUAAGGUCCACAUCCAACCUAGCCUCUCUCUAGCCACAGCUUUCCUGGAGCCACCCCCAGAGGUGCCGCCUCAUAGGGAGAGCAUCAGCCCUGCGCCCCCUAAAGCGGAGGUUCCCAUUCACCUGAUCAGCACCACCAACCAGGUGGUCCACAAGCCAGGGGCUGUGCAGCAGCAGAUCCCCACCAAGCUGGCCACCCUCAGCAGCAAGGGCAAGGAGAAGAGCAGAAAAAAGGGAUCGCACCAGCGCAUGCAUAGUGCAGCAUCUAUAGACAUGUCUCAGGUGGUGCCGAUCAGAGUGACAAGAAAAGAGGGCGGGAGUCUGCGAGGGAAGAGGACUGUGAGUCCUCACAGGAGCUACCAAACAGAUCGUUUCUUUAGUCCUCCAGUGCCUCUGUCCAAUGCCAAGCACUCCCAGACCCUAUUGUCUAGCAGCAGCAUGAGGAUGAACAGCCAGAGCCACUUCCUUCCACCUGAACCUCCCCAUCCUCCACCCUUCCCAAAAGACAUAGCAAGCAAACCAACCAAGGAACGCGUAAUCUACCUGUAAGGCCACAGGGUAAGACCAAAACCCUAUGCCAGGGGUCUGCAACUGGGUGCCUGUGUGCCAAAACCGGUCCACAAGUGAUUUUAUUUGGCCCUCAAAAGCAGUCUGUUCUGAUCAAAGUAAAGAUGUGAUUUAAAAAAAAUAUUUGGACUGAUUUGGCUUUUCUAAUUCCUUGUACUUCUUGAGUGCCUGUUGAAUUUCCAAAGACAUUUAUAUUGUUCUGAUGAGUGUUUCUGUCAUGGUUUAAGAGAAAGUGUCUCUAACCACUCACGUCUUUACUUUUAAAGGAUUCUUAUUCAUGUUGAGCAGUGGUGUUAGGAAGCUGUUUAUUAUUUUAACUUGUUUACAGAUCUGAGGUGCCAAGUAUGUUUUAUUCUCAGAGCACAUUAGAAACUACUCUAAUCUAUAUAGUCUACCUGCUGCUUGAAAUCAGAAUGUCUUAAUGAAAAUAACGCAUUUGUCAUAGCUACAUUUACUUCCAUACAUUCUAUCUGUUAGAGGGAAUAAUAACUGUACGGGGUUCUGGUGUAUUUUAACACUGAAUAAUAAUGACUACUGGAAAGAGAUGAUGCUAAUUCUGCUGUGGUUUCUAUCAUGAGGGAGACAGGAAUGGGUGUCAUGACAGUUUGUGCACUUGGUGGACUGUUGAAUGCAGAAGGCCUGACCACGCGAUAUCAAUGUUCAAAAUUGACUGUAGUAAGUCAAGUUUUACCACACAGCUUCCCUGUGUGUGUGAAUGUACAGAAAUGUUAGGACACUGUGUUUUAGUUUGAACUGGAGCAAAUAGUUUUUCCUUUUUGCUCAUUGUGUAACUGUAACAAGGUUAUGUUCUGGGAACCAAGGUAACUUGUAAAUAAUGUUUUAAUAAUGAAACUUUUUGAAUGAUGUUUUAAUAUGGGGGAGGUUGUUUGGAAGGAUUUGUGAAUUAUGCUGCUCACAGUUUCCAGUUAAUUAAAACACGUUAUAUACAGGGCCUUCA